GCCUAGCAAUCAUUCUCAACUUGCUCUUAGCAAUCAAAGUACCAAGUAUUAAAAAUUAGCAAAAUGUGUGCUAAAAUUGCCUUGUUUGCCGUAUUCUUGGCGGGAGUCAGUUGCAUGAGCAUACCAUAUGGAAGACCAGCGUUUUUCUUAGAAGACCAUGCAAAUUUAAUGAACGAUGAUUUUGAAGAUCAGUAUUUUAAACAUCCUCAAGAAUCUGUUUACCCGAUUUACCGGAAUACAAGAGUUCGUCGCCAAGCUCGUGGUGUUUUGAAUACAAACCCUGAUGGUUCCACCAAUAUUAUGGCUAAAUUGCCUUUGGCUGGCAAUGAUAAGAAUAUUGUGAGUGGUAUCGGUAGUCUUGGUGGUUUAAAGGAAGGUGGUGGCUACAGUUCUGCUACUGCUGGCUUAGCUUUAGACAAUGUAAACGGCCACGGUCUGAGUGUCACCGGUAAACACAUUCCAUCCUUCGGUGAUCAGCUUACAGCAGCUGGAACGGCAAACCUUUUCCACAACGACAAUCACGAUCUGUCUGCCAAUGCCUUCGCCACAAGGAGCUUCCCCAACAACCCAGUGAUCCCCAACUUCAACACCUAUGGUGGUGGUGUGGACUACAUGUACAACAACAAAGUUGGUGCAUCCCUUGGCAUGGCACACACUGAUCUCCUGAAGCGUACAGACUACUCAGCUAUGGGCAAACUGAAUCUCUUCCGCGACCCUACAUCUUCAUUAGAUUUCAAUGCUGGAGUCUCUAAAUCAAUAUCACCAUACAUGCCUAGUCAGUCAUGGCAACCAUCAGCUGGACUAUCUUUUAGCAAAUAUUUUUAGAACUAUCUUACUAGACCAAAUAUUGUAAAUAUCUGUAAAUGUCUGAAUGAUCUGAUUCUUUUAAUUUGUUUAACAAGCAAUAGUUAUGAGAUCAUAUUCGUCAAUAAUAAUAUCUAUGUACCUGAUCUCUUUAUUGCAUUUGUCAUGCCAAAGUUUAGUUAAAUUCUCAGUCGAUUCGUCUUCAGAUCUUGUAAUAAUCAUAAGGCCAUUAUUGUUAGAAUUAAGUAUUACGCUUGAUUAGAUUUAAAAUUAAAUUACUCUUGAAA